AUGGCUGACGUGAACUCUGUCGUGGAGGAAAAAGUAAAGUUUAGAGAUGGGAAAAAGUGGAAGGCCCGAUGGUGUGUACUAAAGAAACCAUCUCCGGUGGCUGAUCGUAUGCAGGUACUUUUGUACAAAUGUGUGAAGGAUGCCAUUAAGGGAGAAAGCGCCAAGCAUGACUUCUACCUGGAGGACUUCUAUGGCCUCGAGACUGGUUUCAGUCAGGACAAAGAAAACAAUGUCCUCGCCAUCAUCUGUCAGAAACAAAUCACUACCUUUGCUUUUGAAAAUAGAGAGACACUCAUCAAAUUUGAGGUCAAAAUCAGGACAGCCAUUGGAGAAGAGAAUCAAUUCCCAUUGCAUGUAUACCUUAAGAGAGUGCCUCCUCAGAGUAAACUGCCACUGGAGAAGAUGCGUAUGCACAUUCAUGGACCAAAAUUCUGUCUCACCCAGCAUAGUCCACCAAAAAUGGUUGCCUCCUGGAUUAUCUCCGACCUUCGAAAGUUUGGCAAACUUGAUGGGAAGUUUGUAUUUGAGGGUGGAUCCAGAUGUGGAAAAGGAGCAGGGGUACAUGUACUGCAAAGUGACCAGGUUGAUGAAUUAGAAGAGAUUUUCCAAUUAGCAAGCCAGGGAAAGACAGUGAACUGUCGAAAAUCAAACAAACGCAGAUCCCAGAACUGUGAUUACCUGGACCCUGUGACCAAGUCCAUCAGUGGAAGCCUGUACAAGAACAGCGUGCCCUCCUCUCCAAGUUCUUAUGACAGCCGAGGCUGGCGACACUCCUUCAGCACAUCUAACUCAGGCUGGACCACAAACUCCAACUUUGGCUACGCUGCCAACUAUAACUAUAACAGCCAGCUGAGGAGUAUAGAAAACCUGGAACGAGAGAAACUAAUGGCCCUGUAUGAUGUGCCACCCAGGCGUAUACGCAAGGUAGACAAUCCAAAAUCACCGAAACAUGAGCACAAGGAGUCAUUACAUCAUUCUCCUCGCAUGUGUGAUGAUAGACACAACCUGGAUCACUCGUCCUCUAGUCUGAGUCUGGCCAGCUGUGAGUCGUCCCCAACUUACCUUGGUUGUAAAGCCAGUGUGUCGGCCAGUGCUCCAGCUCUGUGUGGCUAUGGAGCCUACUCUCCGUUUAAUGACAAAUAUAGGAAUAUCAGCUGUUCAGUUCCUGACCACAUUGAUGAGUUAGAGGAACUGGACCGUGAAGAAGCAUUGGAGUGUCUACAGAGGGAAGAAAGAGGUCUACAACAGGAAAUCUCAUUACUUGAUGAAAUGUUACAGGGCUGUCAACAUGACGAUCCCAGGAGAGGAAAAAGUAGAAGAGAUAGAAAUAAACCACCACCUAUUCCUGGAAAGGUCUACAGGUCUUCCCGACGUCAAGAAAAUAUACCUCCUUCAUUUAAUCACGGCUCAUUUUAUCAAGAAAACACUUUACUUAGUCCAAAUCUUGUAUCAAAACUCCAAAGGAUACCAUCCGGUUCAAAAAUGUCUGCUCCACUACCUUAUGUGAACCUGGAGAAGUAUGACAUUGGUGAUGUUGAUAAUAGUCAUGUUCAUGUUUCCUCCUCGUGUGCAGACAGUGGUACGUGGAGUGCUCCUUGUGUUCCCUCUGGUAAAAAACAUGGCACAAGGCGGUCAGGUUCAAAUAAGGAAAAUUUGAAAAGUUCUCCAAGACAACUACGAAAUAAUGUUCAUUGCCUCAGAGGUAAAAGUUCUUCAGAAUCAGAACUGUCAUGUAGAUCUGUCUCAGGUGUAACUAAAGAGGAGAAUAUCUAUGUAAACGACUUCCCAAGAAGGGAACAGUCCCCACCAGCACUGCCACCAAAAGGACCAGCCCUUCUUAAAAAGAAUCCAAGUGAUAAUGACAGACCCCCACCACUCCCUCCACACAGAUCUCGUAAACAACCUCAUGUCCAAGGUGUUGUGGACCCAGUGUCACUGUACCAGUACCCAAAGAAAAAUGGACAAGCAGGUAAACAUACUGUGUCUACGGAACCUUCAGACUCAUAUCUCCUGAUGGGUGGAUUUGAGAAGGAGGAAAGUAAGUCAAAACAGGAUCUUGAACUUGAUUGUAGUCGAGAAGUUGUUCAGCUUCCAACAAGGAAAGUUUUAAGUAAAACUGACGUACAGCAGCAGAAUUCAGUCUCGCCACAAGGAGCUUACAUGGAAAUGGGAAACUUGUUUGAAAGUGAGAAUGAUUUUAAGGCCAAGCAAAGUUGUUCUGUACAUGCUGAAGCAAGGCCACAGUAUAGUCGGUCGUAUAGUGCUUCGGAUGUACUGGAUGAUGACCAGCCUAAGUCUACAAAUCUUAACCCGUCCUUCAGUUCAUCCUCCAACACAUCACUCAUCAGGGAGGAAAAUUAUCUCUUGAUGACGAACUUUCAGACUGAGAAGAAAAAUGAUUCUGUGGAAUUCACACAAAGACGGCAUCAUCAAUCUGUUGAUUUAACAGCUGAUGGAAGUACACUUAAUUUAACAAAGAACAUUGCAGAUACAUCAUUCAGUAGCGACACCUCAGAUAUAGACAAUACAGCAAUACCUUUCCCUAACCUAAUGAAUUUUCAACAGCACACGGUCACAAUGACCAGUGUCAAGCCCUCAAGGAACUCCACCUGUGGGCCACCAAGCAAAACCACCAGUAGUGUUUCAACAGAAAAAGUCAGCGAAGGAUCAAGCAGGAAUUCAGGCUUUCUCACACGUUUAAUCAGGAGAAACUCCGGCAAUAGGAAAAGUAUGUCUCAGAGCCAGGAAAAUCUCCUGGCUUCCAGUUCCAGUGAAAGCUGCCUGGAACGCACUGUGAAUCAGUCAUCCAAGGAGCCAGUACAGUUGCGUCGUGUCUUUUCACAGUCCAGUGACUCAUCCUCAUCGUCCUGUGGCCAGCACCACAGUCCCACUCUCCCUCUCAGUGACCAUCGCAGGUCCUCAAGCUUUCCCAAUCGUGCAAGUUUCUUUGAACAAAAGCCCUCUACAAAUGACAAGGUGCGAGGACUGCAUCAGGGUAUGGACGGUAAUUAUUUUUCUGCUUUAUCGCUGGAUGAUGAAAUGCAACUUCUGGAGUGUGAUAAUGAGUUUACUGGAUCUGAUUCAAGUUCACUAAAUGACAUCAGUAAAGGUGGCAGGUCUCAGUCUGGUUACAGGGGUCCCUGUGAAAGUACUGGAAGUGAAAACGGAGAUGAUGAUUGUGAAUCAUUGUCAGAUAAACAGGCUCAGAAGCUCUUACUCUGUUCCAAGCACAAAAAAUAUAAGACACCUGAUUCCAUGGUAUUUACAGCGUUCAAAUCAGAUCCUCGUAAGUUACUGGAGUCUGGUGGUUCAGAGAGUAGUAGUAGCAGUAAAACUGAUGAUGAAAAAUUAAUAGAACUUUUCAAACAUGGAUCAAAAUCAACCUCCUUUGACGAUCAACAUUUGUAUAAAGUGAAAAGUCAGUGUACAAGUGAGUACAAAAAGAGGCGAAGUUUACCAACUGAUGGAAGCAAAGCUCUGUCCCCGAAGGAAGAAGCUUUAGCUAUCGUGAAACAUGUGUCAUCUCUACCACCUUUUGUGCCUCCCAAGUUAAAACAUUACCCAUGUCCUCUGUCUCCUGUGCCAGAGAGUGUUCCGUUGGUGUGUAAUAGUGAGGAGCCUUUACCCAGUCAAGGUCCCAAGCUAUCCACUAUACCGGACACACCCAAGCGAGGCAAUAUGGACCCAGUAUUACAAAAGGAGUUGGCAAGAGCUACACUAAGGAUACAACCUCCACCCCCACUCAUGGAGGAGGAGGAGGAGGAGAAUGUAUGGGUCCCAAGGGACUCAACAAAUUCACAAGAAGUGAAAUCUGAGUCAGCCGUGGUGGAAGAUAAAUUUCAGGCGCUUGUUGUGGAAGUGGAGGAAGACUGUGAACAGGAUGAUACUAUAUCUAUGUCUUCACUAGAAAGCAGUCUGCCCAGCUGUGAUGAAGGUGGUGUCCGUACCAGUCCAGCCUCUACCCUGCUACGACCACGUUCAGGAAAGGAGUAUAAAAUGGUAGAACGCCGUCGCCCACACAAUGACAGUCUGAGUUCAAGUCCUGCUCAGACCCCUCAAUCUCCAUCUGGAGACACUGUGUUCACUUUUGAGUCAUGUUCACCAUCUCAAACAAGUGUUUAUAGCCGGGAACGUGAGUCCCCGAAUGUGCCAAAAUUUACUCGCACCGAUAGUUCAGUGUCGGCACGAAUCCACGAGAGGUUCAGUCCUCCCAGAACCUACAUGAACAUUGACAUGACCCCACCAUCAUCACCACAUUAUUCUAUGUCUCUACCCCCAGAACUGAUUGAACCUCAACUGAAUUAUGCAGAAAUUGAUCUUUCUCAUUCAUCCAAUACCAGGGCUUCUAAGAAAUCUCGAAAAGUUUCUCAGAAGUCUUUGAAAUCUAAUACUAUUGAAUAUGCAAUGAUUGACAUGGAAGCUACAGUUGCGAUACAGAGAGCAGGACGUGAACAUGUGCAAUCUCGUGAGGACAGUCUCCGUAGAGCUGAUAAAAGGUUGUCGCUGAGAGAGCCAAAACAUCCACUUGGUGAAGGACAGUCAGAUUUUGGUUCAGUAGAUCAUAAAGACAACUUUGAUAAAGGUCAGAAGGAAUUUUCAGAUCGGAGUGCUAGGGAGACUCCAGACAGGAAUGUGAGGGAAUCACCAGAAAGGCGGGACACACUCUCGUCCCCAGAGGGGCCUCCAUGUAGGUCGUCUCCUCUCCCUGAGGACACACCGUUACCUGAAAGAAGGACUAGCUACUCCUCCUCCUCAUCUGAUGAUGAUGAGGAAGAUGAGGAUAAGUGAUAAUUUAGAGGAAGAGGAAUUAUUCACUAAACUACACCAGGAAGUGUUUGGUGCCAAAUUUUGAACCGGUUAAUCUUAUAUAUUUGUGACAUAAAGCCUCACAGAUUGAAGGCGUUAUUUAGAAUUCAUUUUCUUCAUGAAGUUGGUGUAGUAUACUAGAUAUUUUAUUGAAUACAUGAAUAUGUAUUUAUUCAAAUGCUGAGUGCUUAUAAAUACAACAUGGUAUAUAGAUUGUAAUAUAUUUAAAAAAUCAAACUCAAAACUAUUUUAUCUUCUGAUGAUACAGAUGUAUGAGAAUUGUUUUUGAAAUUGCAGGGUCACAACUUUUGUUUUCUGUCUCUUCAGAAGUAUAAUUUGAUGUGCCAAGUUCUAUAUAAGUAUGUAUUUCCUACUUGUACCUCACUUGUAUCCUGAUGAUGGUCAUGUAGUAGUAGGCUUUAAAUUUCUGGAAUCGUAGCACUUCCUGGUCCUGAUGAUGGUAUCGUAGUAAGCUGAAACUUGUAGACAAGUAAACAACUGUUCUUGUAGUGGUAAAAUUCCUUUAUUAAUUCAUGGUCACUUCAGUUAACAAAGAAAAAUUGUAACACAAGACUUCAUAUACCAGAUGUUGUUUGAUUAAUGGACUAAAUUUCGUCCAAUUAUCAAAAAGUCAAAGAAUUUCAUGCACUACAAAAAAAAAAAAACAUGAAAGAUUUGCAAGAGAGAUUUGUAGCCUCAUUGAUUUCCUCAAAAUAAAAUGGUGAUACAAGUGACAUGUAGGGACAUCAUACUUAUGUAGCCUGGUGCUUGGAUAUAGUUUAAUCAUUGUGUCCAAUGUAUUGUGAUGUUCAUGUUUCCCUUCAUUUUCAGUCUUCCAUCUGUUUUUCCAUUUGGAUUGGAAAUAAGUCUCAAAUGUAGAAUUCAGAAAGAGUUACAAAAAUAGCUUUAAGUAAAAUGCAUAGGUGCUCACAUGAUGUUUGCAUGAUAUGAAUUAGCAGGUGUUGUAAUUUACUCAAAGAGAUACCUGUUUCAGUACUAGCAUGAUAACUUUCCUGUUAAUGUCAGAACCUUUGGUAGAGUUUUGACCUAUUUAGAAUAGAUUUAAUUACCUGGUAAAUUGUAUUGGUAGCAGAUUUUGAGUUUUAAAGCAUAGUUAUAAGACCCAAUGAAAAUUAUUACCUACUUGUAAUAUAUCAUGUGUUCUGGUGACAAUAUUAGAGCUCUAGGAAAGUACAUAACAUUUCAACUGCAAAAAAAUACUAAAAUAUGAUAAACUAAACUUAUACAAAACACUUACAAUUUUGAAUUGUUUUUCAAGUUGACUUUGUACAAGCCUGGCUAUCUUACAGAUGUUGGCUGGUUAUAGAAGUUGACAUCUAAGGUAAAUACAAUGUAAUAUGUUUUGAUAUAGGGCAAACUUAUAAUUCUUAUUGUAUAACUGGAAUAAACAAUGGUUGUGUUUACUGUUAUAAUGUACAUGUAGGUAAAAACAGGGUAAUUUGCUCAUGUACAGGACUCUAGGCUUAGAUCAGUGCCAGUAAGAUUUCAUCAAUAUCCUGCCACUGUUUAUAUUACGAGCUGAGAAGGUUGUCAUAUUUAUAUAACAUUGUACCUAAUAUAAAGAGUUUGGCUGUGGAGGAAUAUCAAUUUUACAUAUUAAACAAUCUCUUGAAAAGUUUACAUUUUAUUGAAGAGGUCAGACAGAAAGUUGAAGACAAAAAGUGUUGAUUUUGUUACUUGAUUACUUGGUGUAUUACAAAAAGUAGUUUGAAUUUAUGAUUAAUGAUAUUGUGUCAAUAUGAUUGGAAAUAUCUUGAGAGUAUGCACUGUUUACCCAAUUCUGUACCUUACCAUGUUCUGGUAUAGUAAUUAAACCAUGUAUACAUUAUGUUUCCUAUGGGAUUUAAUCAAAUUUCAGAAAUUUCUUAGACAUAUUUAUUCUGACAAGAUUUGUACAUGUUGUAGUUGUGUUUUGAUGCUAAAUGAAAUAGAAAUUGCAAUCUUGAUCAAAACAAAUAUUCAAGAAAUGCUCAUUUUAAUAGUAAGGUAUAUUGAAAGUAUAGUGAACAUGUUAAAGAACCUUAUACAAAUCUGUAAAAAAAACCUUCUUAAAUGCGAAAUCUUGGGUGAUUUUGGAACAGGAGGUACAUUUGUAUCAGUUCUUUGGUGAUUGCUAAUUUAAAAAAUCAAUUAGCAUUAGAAGCAAGCAAGUUCUUUGGACUUAAUAGGUUUGAAGUCCUUUCUUUAUUCAAUUAAUACAGAAAUGUAUUCUCACUCUGUUUCUGUUUCACAUAGAACAAGCAUAAAUGUCAAAAUCUAGUAAAUUAGAUGCAUUACAAAUGAGAUCAUAAAAAAAUUGAAACCUGGUACUUCACUUUAUAUACAAUACCUAUUUCAUGAACAAGUACCAGAACAUUUCCCUUGUCAGUUGAAAAUGCAAUAGGUGUAUCAGAUCUUUUCCCUCUUAAUGACCAAAAGUUGAAAUAUUUGAUGUAUGUGUGAUAUGAAAUAUUGUUCUAUGACCAAAAAUUGUAUGAUUUUUUUUUAAAAUGAUUUUACAUCACCUUUUACAAGGUUUCUUACUUUUUAUAUUUUAUCAAUUUACCUGUAGUUUGUUGUACUUGUAUUUACAUUUGUGGGUGUCUAUUUAUGUUACUUUGUAGGCUAUAACUGUUAUUGGCUCAAGACGUUAAAGAUAUUACAAGUAGCAGCGAAAUAUCCUAACCAGUUUUAGUCCUUAAACACAAUUUCUAGUUUUAUAGAAGUACCAAUUUUUCAGAGUGCAUUUACACCUUUAGAAAAUUUACACAAGAUACAGCUUGCAUCUGGUACUGUAUGCUAGUUGAAUAUUAAGUCUGGAUUAGUUAUAUGAAUUGUGAAAAGCACUUGGAGAAUUUGGUCUUGUAACUUUACCAGAUAUUAUUGAUAUAGGAUGUGCCAAGAAUGAGAAUUUAUCUUCAUAUUGUGUAGAAUAAAUGUAUACAGUUGAUGAUAUGGUGUCCUAGCAACAGAUUUCCCCUGGACCUGAUGAUAUACACACUGCAGUCUCUAAAUUGUCUUGGCCUAUAUCAUCGUCAGGUGUAGAUGUGUCGUGAUCUACAGUAAAAACUCUUGAUAAAAACUCUUGAUGUCCAAUUUGAAAGAGUAUUCACAUUAUUGGCAGAUCUCCCAGCCAGCUACCAGAUAUCCUGGCAGUCUAUCCACAUGUAUCAUACCACACUACUUUGGUAUACUUGUGUGCUUGUGUUGACAAUGCAUGUGCUUUUGAUGUACAGGUGCUUUGCAUGUCAUUGAAAAAAUCAAUGUGCUUUGAUACAUAAUGCAAUGUGUCUGUAUUUUCUCUCUCUUCAAAACCUUUUUAAAAAAUGCUAUUUUUUAAUUUCCAAACUGUUUAUGUAUGCCCAAGAACUACUUUCUGAAGCAGAAGUGAGAUACUCCUAUGUCUAAAACUAAGUUGGAAAUAUCAUUAAAAGUUUAGCAAUACAUUUAUGGGGAAUAAAUGUGCAAAACAGUCAGCUAUACAUGGUGAUAUUGAUUUAGUGUCGUGUUAAUAUAAACUGGUAUAACAGUUACAUAUAUAUAUAUAGUAAGAAUCUGAGAGCUGUCAGUACUGAUUGUCACUUGUUUACAUGUAUAAUUUAUCUGUAUGGAUUAUUGAAGGAUUUCAGCAGUAAAAAGAAAAAGAAUCUGGCACCACAAAAUAUUCCUACAUCACGAAACAAAAUACAUUGCUGUACACCUUUUUUUUUAGUUUAGAAAGUCUAAAUGGGGUUAUUUUAAGCUGGUAAUUCAUUGAUAAAGUCAAAAGAGAUUGAGUUAUGUCAGGUAGGAAGAGAUCAGAAAGGGUUUAGUGUACAUCAGUCACUUUGUAAAUUGCACAUUUAUUGUUCAAAGUGUAUUAAUUGAUCUUCUUGGAGAAGAAAACUUUAUUAUCUUUUUCAGGCAACUCUUCAUAGAUGAUAAUGUGUUGGUGGGUCUUUCAGUUGUUUUCGGGAAAGGAAGAUUGACUUUGUAUAUGGGAAUUUGAACAGUACAAUACAAUCAACAGAAAAUAAUCAGCUGUAUUAAAUUAAUGCAAAUUUUACUUACUACAUUUCUGAUCCAAUACUUAGGGGAAGUGUCUUUUGUUUUGUUUUUUUUUUUAAAGGCACCUCUUAAAAUUAUUCGUUACCUACAUCAUUUCUUAGGUCCUUAGGCCUACUCCAGUGUGUAAGCCUCCAGCGCUAGUUAAUGCUGAAGUUGCCUAAGAUUCCAACCUGAAACUUUGUUUACUGGUCCAGUGUCUAGUCAAGAGUGACAAAAAUAACCUGGUGCUGAGAUUACAUAUUCCUAUUUGUCAAUCUUCCUUUCAUUUCGCAGCAAUUGCCAAAUUAAAAUUAUCCCCCUUUCUUCAUUCUCCUUAUCUAAAGUAUAUUUAACAAAACCAAGGGAAAAAACUUAUACCUGGGUCAAGUUUUUUGGGGGUUUUUUCCCCUGAAGUUAAAGAAUGUGUUGAAAAUUUGUUUUAUAUGAAUGUACAAAUAAAUGGUGCUUUUUAAAGUUUCAUUAAAAUCUUCAGUGGAUCAAUUCUGCUUGCUAUUUUUCGCUGCCAAAAUUCUUUUGUAGAAUUAACAUAUAUAUAUUAUGUAGUGUUUUCAUUGCAAUUUCAU